CUUGUUAGUUUGUCCGAGUGAGGCCACCACGCAAGGCGGCCUUUCACUUUUUUUUUAACACCGACCACACCGUCACCGCCGCUGUUGAGACGCGCGUACAGUCAAGCCGACUGUGCUCCACCCGUCACGAUAGCGUUUCGCCGUCAACCGUCAACGCCAACACCGCUCCUCACACGAGCAGCUGUUCGCGCGAGAAACAACGCUGCUGAAGCCGUUCCGUCCCCGCCGACCGCCGCCACACCGUUUCCCCAUCCAUCGCCGCCUCCCACAGUCCCAUCCGUCCUUCCAAAUCCGUCUCCUCCACUCUCAGGCCCUCCCUCACCGAGAUCCGACUCCGAUUACAGCUCCGAUCUCCCAUCGCCCGCGCCAACGAUGUCCACGACACGCAACAGAACCACACUCGCGACGGUUGACCACAAGUCCGUCACGAAGCCUCCGAUAUUGACCCCUGGCGAGCUCUCUCCCCAGAUCCUGCAAGACUGGAAGUUCGCUUGCACAAGCUACUUCCGCCACAAGGAGAUCAAGGCAACGGAUCAGGUGGAGAUGGUGGUUUCAGGCAUGGAGGAUCCGGUCAUACGUGCAUGGUACCAAGGCAAUCCGGCCACGCUCCACGCGCUCACGUUCGACGCGUACAUGAAGGAGAUGGCAAAGGUCUGGCUGCCGAAGAACUGGGAACUCAAGGUACGCCGAUCAGUCAACGGAGAACAUCAGGGCGAGCGCGACUUCUGGUCGUGGGCCACACACAUCCGCCAAACCAACGCCACCCUUCUCGGUACGACGUACCACGCCAACGAUACUCGCCUCAUGGAGAUUCUCGAGGCCAAUAUGGACCCUCACCUAUCCAAGGCCGUCGAACGGAAGGGGAUCAUCGCAACGAACAUCAAGGACUGGCUGGAGGAGAUCCGCACCGUCGACGACGAGCGCCAGGACGUGCGCGAGCAGGUCGCAUCGGCCGUCGCAGCCGAACGUUCUCGCAAUCGGGCAGACCGCGACGCUCGUCGUGCUACCAACACCACGCAGUAUGUCCCUCGCUCCGCCGCUGUCGCUACACCUUCUACUUCCGCUGCCGCUACCUCCGAGGCUCGUCUACCGCGGUUGACAGAGUCGGAGAGGGAGCUAUUGAACAAGUACCACGGGUGUCGGAAGUGCCGUCGUUUCUGGGUUUAUCACCAGACCCAGAACUGUCCGAAUGGAUUCGCUUCCGGUGUCGGCUAUGCCCCACUCACCGAAGCUCAGGCCCUAGCGUCCAAACCUCGGUCGACCUCUGCCCCUGUGAAGGCAGAACCCAUCGCCGUUCUUGGGACGGGAUCCGCCGCACUCGGAAAUGGAACCUCGUCUGAGGAUGAAUCCGAUUCUGAUUAGCCCAGAGCUUGUCGAACAGCUCGGACUUCGACGCCAUAAGCUCCCGCAGUCGCAGGUUGUGUCGAUGGCGAAGGAAGGUGGAGAUUCGUUCGAGUUCUCAGAGUGGGUGAAGGUGCAGGUUAUGUCGAAGGAUUCGUUGUGGGAGUCGAGAGUUGUGCGGGCCAAAGUCGCCCCGAAUCUAUGUGUCCCUCUUCUGCUUGGCAAUACAUUUCUUGUUGCCAACC